AUGGCUAAUACUCCUCCCUUGAAACAGGUCAAGCGUACCAUCCAGGUCAUCACCCGGCAACACAUCAUCGACAAACAGUCGGAAAUGGAAGGUUUCCCGCAGCGAUCCUGGCACAUGGAGAUAUGGCUCGUUAGCGAAAGACCCAGUGACAAGGGCACCUUGAUUCCCGCCAACGUUUUCAACAAGGUCACGUUCAAUCUGCACCCCAGUUUCGGUGCCCGCGCCACUCAGGUAUUCAAGCAGCCGCCGUUCCGGAUCCAGGAGGAGGGAUGGGGUGAAUUCGAGAUGACUAUUGAUCUCACGGCGGAUAAGACGUACACCCUUCACCAUGAUCUCAACUUCCUCAAGGAAGAAUACGAGACAAAGCAUGUUAUCACUUUCAAGAAUCCUAAGCCUGCUUUGCUCGCUCUGCUGCGCGAGUCUGGCCCUGUUCCCGGUGACGAGAACGGUGCUCCUAAGGCCAAGCGUCCCACUGCUGGCGAUGAAAGCGCCAAGAAGAAGAAGCGCUCUGACAAGAAUGUGGACAUGGACAAGCUUGCCGAUGGGCUACAGAAGCUGAACGAGGAUGACCUCCUGCAGAUUGUGCAGAUGGUCCAGGACCAUAAGGCGCCAGAUUCGUACACAAAGAAUGAUGUUGAACUUGGAGAAUUCCACGUCGACUUGUACACCCUACCAGAUACCCUGGUAAAGAUGCUUUGGGACUUCACCGCCGAGCGCGUCGUCCUCUAG